CGUCAUCCGCCAUCAGACGAAGAAGCAUCACCGCGCUGCCCUCCACCCUGACUCAAAUCGCUUCAGCGACGCUCGGUCGCCUGACCUACUGUAUAAUCUAAUCAACAUCACACGCACUUAUCCUAUAACGCCCCACCGAGGAUCCCGUCCCGCCCGCGCUUGAUGUACUCCCGCACCACUACCCUGUUGAGCAGAAGCUGCCGGUAUCUUCUCCGCACCCCCGUCCAUCACAAAUCGCCGUUCUCGAUCUCUGCGCGCUCUUCCGCAGCAGUGAACGCAGCCAUGGCCGAUACCCCGGGCGUUACUGCAGACUCGCUGAAGGCCAAAUUGAUCGACCAGUUGCAGGCGCAACAUGUUGAGAUCGAAGACUUGUCGGGUGGUUGCGGACAGGCUUUCCAGGCCGUCAUUGUUUCCCCCCAGUUCGAGAAGAAGACCAUGCUUGCCCGCCAUCGCUUGGUGAACUCGGCCUUGAAGGCGGAGAUUGCCGCCAUCCAUGCCUGGACGCCCAAGUGCUACACCCCGGAGCAGUGGCAAGCGCUGCACCAGGGUUAGGCUCUGAACCAUAGAAUCCGAGGUGGAUAUAUCCUGGGGAUUGACAUGCUCUCGGAUGGCAUGCCGUCGGGCGUUGGGUUAUUUGAUAUCAUGGCUUUGCGCUGCCGGUUAUGACUAAUAUUUCGCUGGCUAUGGUUUUUGCAAAUAGA